AUGACUGCAACAUAUUUUGAUUUUACUUUUUCCAAAUAUGCACCAACCCUAGGGGAACGGCUUCACCGAAAGGAGAUGGAUUUGUGGGUUUUCUGGUUCGAGUUGUACGAAACAAAACCCCCGGCGGCCGGCAUUUCCGAACGGCCCUUUCGCUAUUCAGAUUUAGAUAGAGAAAGAGGACGACUCACGUCUCAAAGCUUCAUUCAGGUGAUUGAACAAUGGGUGCCGGAGGGCGAAUGUCGAAAGUGUCGAAUGACAAAAAUACCCCCGAACGGGUCCCGUACCAAAAACCACCAUUCACAGUCGGCGAACUCAAGAAAGCAAUCCCGCCCCAUUGUUUCAACCGAUCCGUUAUCCGCUCGUUCUCAUACGUCGUCUACGACCUCACAAUCGCAUCCAUAUUCUACUACCUUGCGUCAAAUUACAUCCCUACCCUUCCCCACCCUCUAUCCUACGUGGCAUGGCCCGUGUACUGGGCCCUACAAGGGUGUGUCCUAA